AUGGCACAUCCUUUUGUCGCAGACUCUAACGUGCUGCAUCGAGCUCUUAUCGCAAAGCCGGAGAAAGUUAUCGCAUCAUCUGGUAUAAGCCUGAUACUCGAAUCUGGGAAACAUGUCAUCGACGCAUCAGCCGGUCCUGCCGUCUCGGUGCUUGGGCACACCCGUCCCGAUGUGACCGAGGCAUUGAUAAACCAGAUGAGCGAAUGCGCCUAUAUCUAUUCAGGUGCACGAUUCGCCUCACCAGUUGUCGAGGAGCUCGCCUCUUUUAUUCUCCAGGGUCAGCCGGGCGGUCUUUCCAAAGCCAUCUUCGUCAAUUCAGGCAGCGAAGCUACCGACGCCGCCAUCAAAUUAGCUACGCAGUACUGGCACGAACUUGGGCACUCCCAGCGACGCAUUGUGAUUGCGCGCGAGCAGAGCUAUCAUGGCAACACAAUCGGUGCGCUCUGCGUUUCAGGCCAUAACUCGAGACGAGCCCUUUAUAGCGACUGGCUGUCUUCCAAUGUUCAAUUUGUUGAGCCAUGUUUCUCCUAUCGCUUCAAGAGACGGAAUGAAAGCGACAAAGACUAUGUUAAGCGGCUUGCAGAACAGCUUGAGAACCUUAUUCUCGAACUCGGUCCUGAAAACAUAUCUUCCUUCAUCGCUGAAACAGUGAGCGGUACCACUCUGGGGUGUGUCCCGGCGGUGAAGGGAUAUUUCAAAACCAUCAGGGCGAUCUGUGACAAAUAUAACAUUCUCCUCAUUCUAGACGAGAUCAUGUGUGGCAUGGGUAAAACAGGCACCAUGCAUGCAUGGGAACAGGAAGACAUUCGAGGGCCUGAUAUCCAGACUAUCGGAAAGGCGUUGGGUGGGGGAUUCGUGCCACUUUCAGGCGUGCUUCUCCACCACAAGAUAUUUGAGGCGUUGAGUCAAGGCUCUAAAGUCCUUGCUCACGGUCAUACAUUCCAAGCUCAUCCUGGCGCCUGCGCUGCUGCCCUAGCAGUCCAGAAGGCGAUUCGAAAUGAAAAAUUAAUCGCUAAAGUUGCGGACAUGGGGCGUGUGUUGGAGCGGCUCUUGAACGAACAGAUAGCACCUCUCAAUAUCGUGGGAGAUAUUCGAGGUCGAGGCGUCGUCAACUGUGCCCUGGAACUUGGCCUGAAUAUCCUCGGCAACCUGGGUCAAACGGGCACGGUCUACGUAGACCACGUGAUUAUCUCGCCACCCUACAUUGUUACGGAGGAGGAACUCCAACAUAUCGUUGCCAUCCUCCGCACAGCCAUCAUGAAGGUCGCCGAGGCCACGUUUCCGCAGUCUAAUCGGGGAGAUGCAAAAAAAUGA